GUCGGAAAAUCAACAAUCGCUUCUCUGUAAUCGCAUUAUCGGCGCUAAAUGGCUGACCCAGAGACCUUAGCGGCGUUGAAGAGAGCCUACGCCGAUACGAUACUGAACACAACGAAGGAAGCGGCGGCGCGUGUGAUGGUUUCUGAAAAGAAGGCGCGUAGGUAUCAGCAAGAACUUGUGACGGUUAGAGAUGAAGCACUUCAGACGUUGCUUAGGCUUAAACAGAUGCUUGAUUCCAAGGUCAAAGAGACGGAGAUGCAAUCCUUGAAGCAGCAACAGAAGGUUGAGGAACUUGAAGCUCAGCUUGGAGAAGCUGAAGAUAUUGUAGGAGAGCUGAGGAUGGAGUUGAGAGUACUCCACAAUGAGCUCAAGAAACUUACGAAUGGUCAGACACAUCUUAAAAGUGACCAUGGGGAAGACCCCUGUGGGAAUAACCGCGAUGCUGCAGUUUCUGUAGUGCCUGAGGUUUCUUGCAGUCACGAGAGCACAGAAGCUGUAGGUUCUUGCAUCCCAGUGGAACAAAGUGGAUCUGUGGUGGCUAAUGGGAUAAAAGUACCAUCUUUGACUCGCAUAAAUAGUAUUAACCGGUGUUCUUAUAAAGAUAACAAGGAUCAGUGUCACCACACUCUUCCAUCUAUACUGACAAAACGCAGGGAAGCUGAAGGUUUAGCUCAGAUGAUCCACGCAGUAGAUAGCAGUAUGGCCAAUGGGGUGUUGUCGUCCUCUGUAGAAGUAGGAGAUGUGAAUGAUGGAGUAUGUCUUCACAAAGUUUCGUCUUGUAAAAUUGUAGAGACCUUAGACAUGUCUGGUUGUGCUGAUGCUACUGACUCCAUAUCUACUGUUAGAGAUGGAGAAGCCCCGAAAGUGUCUCCAAACUCUUCUCAGAAGGAUGUCGGCACUCUUGUAUCCUUGAAAACAUCUCCUCCGAGGGAACAUGAAAAUGACAGAAAGCUGGAGAUUAGCAAAACAGAGGCGAGGAAGGAAGAAAAAGAGAGCUGUGAGAAUAUGGAGGUUUCGGCAUCUCCUUUGUGCGAAGAAACUCCAGUUUUAGCACUUAGUAAAAAUCGGUGUAUCAAGUACACGUUCAAGAGGAAGAGAAAGAAGGAGGUUUUAAGCAAUCUUGAAGGAGAUUCCUCGUUUGAGGAGAGCAGAAACAUGAAACAGAAGACUAGUGAGAAAGACGAUGGUUAUUUGGAAUCUCUGAAGCCUAGCUUUACCAGUGAAUCAUCUCGGGAUGUAGUCUAUGCUUAGCACAGGUGGCUUGGAAGGUUAGUAAAUAUCAACAUACAUCUAAUUUGCUAUAUCAUAUUAAGUUUCUGGAAAACUUGUGAGAAUCUGGGUUGUAUGUUUCCUUCUUGCCUUUGGACUAAAAACUGAUAUCACUAGUAGUGUCCUUUUGGGUGUAAACUCUUGUCCAUUGUGAUGGGUUUAUAUAUAUAUGAUGUCCAAGAUUCUGAAUGUUGUAUGUUUCUUUAUUGUAUUUUACUGGGCACAGCUUGUACCAUUCUCGGAGAGGAAAGAUUUGCAGCAGAACUAAUCAACCAGUAGGAUGCUC